UCUAUCUUGAUUGAACGACCUUUGUUACCAACGCGCAUAUAAAAGCUAGACCAGUUACUAACAUGGGUGUCAGAGUAAGCAAGUCCACCUUCGACUACACCUGUCAAUUCUCGAUUUUGUUCUGUAUUCAUUAUGAUUGCGAUCGCAACGACUCUUGUAUUGAUCUUGAUCGGAUUCAAUUAUGGAUCACCAACGAAAAUGGAAAGGAUGACAAUCUCGAAAACGAGUAUGGCCGACCUUGAGUCUUCUGCUACGGGUUACACGUACAAGCAAGAACAAGACUAUCCCGUGACCUACGUACAUUACACCAAUUAUGGGAACGGACGUUACUACGAUACACCAUCGCAUUAUGUCGUCCAUGGUAGUAGUGUGGGUACUGUUGCACCUGUUGCUGUAUCGGUUCCUCGAACGGCGGGUCUCUACGAAAAGCCUGUAAUCGCUUAUGCGAACGCAGGGCAGAAGCCGAGUUUCUACGUGCAACAGCAAUUGCCUUACGUAAAGACGAGUACCGAUCACGUGGCAGGGCACGGUGUCCACAUUGUUUCACGAAAACCUUUGGCACCUUAUUACGUGUCUGUGAGUAAUGAAAAGGUACAAGUAGAAGAUGGUAAUCAAGAUCAUACCGACGAGAAGAGUAAGAAAGAAAGUGACGAUGAAAAGCAGGAGUAUAACGAUGAACACGAAGACGAUGAUGAUGAUGAUGAGGACGAUGAUGAUGCCGGCAGUGGAUAUAACGAUGCUCAUGAAACUCAUUAUUCCUCGUUUCCAUCGAAAGGAUUAAAGUAUGUUCAUCUGGGACAUCCUCAAAAAAAUAUUGUAGAAUUAUGUGAUAAAGAUCAAGAUGAUUUUAUUAAUUUCAAAGCUGACGAUGGAUCUUUCCUUAAAACUAAAUCAGGCAAACAAUAUUCCGACGAAGAGCAUUCGUCUUACGAGGAAAAGGGUGAUAAUGAUCACAACAGCUAUGACGAAUUUGACAAAGGGCAGAAAAAAGUUUAUGAUUCGGCUGAAAAAACUGGUGACUACAAUCUAGAGAGUGGUCACAAAAAAGAACACAUCGAUACAUCCAAUGCCUAUGGUCAACACGAUGACUUGGAAAAGGGUGAAGAAGGUGCUAAGCAUGAACACAGUUCGUAUCAUAAAAAAGGAGGAAAGACUAAUGGUUUUCACAAAGUCUAUCAUAAAGACGAAUAUAAAAAGAACACGGACUUUUACGAUGAAAACCACAAAGACGGGCAGUUCAGUAAACACUUUGCCUUCGAUCAGCAUCAUAAUGCAAAAGAGGGCGAUUUUAAAAAGGGUUCUCAUCACGAUUCUGGCUUCGAUCAUUGGGAUAAGAUGAAGAAAGAUGAUUUCCAUAAGGGUCACGACAUUAGUUACAAUCAAGGACACCACUCCAAAAAGAGUGAAGAUUCUUAUCAUAAAGAUUACUCUGAUUAUUUGAAAAAAGGUGGAAAACAAGCAGAAAAGAAACAUGGACAUUCUAAAGAACCCGAAAAAAUAAAAAAUAAUUCGAAAAAAUCAAUAGUGAAAGAUAUGGAAACGUCAAGCAGCGAAUACGCGUUUAAUAGAAGAGGAAAUGAGUUUAAACGAUACGACACAAUUGGUCACCAUGGAACAGAUGAAUUUGCACCUUUUAUUAAAGGCGAUGGAUUUGGAAAUUCCAAUUUAAAUGUGGCUAACUCGAUUUACGGAUUCAAUUAUCCAACCGCGUAUAAAAUUAGAAAUAUUGGUAAAGGUACCCGCGGUAUGGAAUCGAGUUUACGACGUUUAGGUGGACAGGAUAGUAGCCUUGGCAACAUCGAAGGAUUCGAUUACGAUGGAAGCGAUGGAUUUCACAUUAAAGGAAGCCUCACUCGCUCUCAAUAUUAUGGUUUACCAAGACAUGCAGAAAAUUAUAAACUUUCGAGAAACAAACUGGGUCUUGGUGAUACGAAUAUCAGACUGCAUUCUAAUUUAGGUACUGACAAUUUAAGGAAAUCGAUAGGAAUACAAAAUGUUCCAUACGGUAAUAUUUUGGAAAAUGAUCUUCUCACCGAUGACAUCGUUAUACCCUAUAAAUUGAAUUUAGAUGAUGGAUUUAAGAACGGAAUUAUUGAUGACAAAUAUAAUUUCGCUAUUGGUGAUAUUUCGAGAUAUCAGGACGAAGAAAAGACUGAGGCAGUCGAAAAGCUCGGCAACACAUAUGAAGUAACCGAAGAUUUUGAUAAAGACGAAAAGGAAGCUAUCGGAAAAUCUCAUCUCUUUGGAUAUCAAGAAGACUUUGCAGAAACUAAAAAAGACGAGGAGGAAGAAGAUUUGAAAUACGGUAAAAAUGAAUCUGCUGCAAAGGAACUGUCGAGCGAAAGUCAUGGAAAAAACGAGAGUCAUAAAAAAGGUCACAAAACGUCGGGGUUUCAUAACGUUUACCACAAGGACGAAUACAAAAAGGACACGUCCUUUUAUGACAACGAGCAUGUCGACGAACACGAAGAAAGUUAUGGCUCGGAGAACAGCGAACACGAAGAAGCAGAAGGUGAACAAAAGAACAUCAAAAAGUUGGAUGCAGGUUACCAAGAGAACGAACACGCACAAAAGGAAAUAUUUCUCAAUGGUCAUCAAUACGGUACUGCUCAAGGACACGACAGGGAAGCUAGCGGAAAAGAGCAUUACGUUAAGAAUGCUGCAUUUUUAAAGAAAGAUGAACAAAGUGCAAGGAAAGUGAAAGGAGCGGAGCAACAAGUAUAUAAGCUUAGAUGUGGUGAAGCUUGGUCAGUCGAUCGUACUCGUUGGUCCGUCAAAGUACCAACAAUGGCUUACUACGUGUCUCGGAUAUGUCUGACUUUCUUUCUCCUCUAUGCGAUUGUCGAUUUCUCAUCGGCAAAGAAGGUGAGAGACGAACGAGAUCUAGAAGUAGCUGCUAGCCAUCAUCACGGAGGUGGUGGUGGUGGCGGUGGUGGCGGUGGCGGUGGUGGUGGAGGUCAUCAUCACGAGUCUGGUGGAGGCCAUGAGCACCAUGGACAUCAUCACGAAGAACAUGGAGAGAAAGGGGACAAAGGUUACAAGGGUUCUCACCAUCACGAGAAAGGCGAUCAUGGCCAUUAUGGUAAAGAACAUCACGAGGGACAUCAUGGCGAACACGGUGGACAUAAGAAGGGACAUCACGAAGAGGACGAACAUCACGGUCAUCAUCACGAGCACGAACAUGGCCACAAGGGAUCUAAAUUCGGUCAUUCGAAAGGUCACAAGAAGGGAGAAAAAACUCAUGGGUAUCAUCACAAAGCCCACAAAGAUGAAUAUCAUAAAGAGCAUAAGUUCUACGACGAUUAUCACAAAGGCGGACACCAUGAGAAACAUGGAUCCCAUCAUGGACAUCACGGAAGCAAAGAGGGACAUCAUAAGAAGGGUGGACAUCACCACUCCGGUCAUCACGAGGAUCAUCAUGGAAAGAAGGGCCACCACGACAAAGGACACUUUGAUGAGGAUCACAAGGGACAUCAUGGAAAGCAUGGCCAUGAGGAACACUAUCAUCAUCACGAAGAUUAUGGGAAGAAGGGCGAACAUCACGGAGGGAAAUCUCACGGAUUCUCGAGCGGUGGUGGUCACGGAGGUGGCGGCGGUGGCGGCGGCGGCGGUGGUGGUCACGGCGGCUACCAUCGCUAA